AUGUUCGUCAGGAUCUCUGUAGCUACGAUAGCCCUCAUCUCGCUUGCUGAAGGCAUCGUGGUCGGCCGUUCAACUGGUGAUGAGAAGCCCCUUUUCGGUAGCAUCGACAACCUAGAGUUAACACCGGAGCUCAUCAACCAACUAAAGGAGCUGGAGACCGAGCUCAUCAAGCAAGAUGAAAAGCGUAUUGCCUCAUACCCUGAAGGUCCUCAGCUAGCAGCAGUUUCAGCUGAUGGUAGCUUCUCAUAUCCGCCGGGUUGUACACCGGAUGAGCGCCCGAAAAGCAGGUACUACUGCUUCCACGGCAAGCGCACUACAACUGGUAAAGAGAAGGAAGUGACAGCCAUUGUUGAUCUCUUCGAUGUCAAUGACCCACAGGACAAUGUCGUUAUUGGUUUCACAACCGAGUUCGCGGCCAAGACUGCGAAAAGUCUGGACCUCCAUGCUGGCGGUGAAGCAGAGGUGGUAACUUUUGGUAAAGAAAAAAAACGCAUUAGCGGGAGCCUAUCCUUGGCGACCUACGAUGUGGAAUCCCCUAAGCCUGGGCUACUCGGUCGCGAGCAGAAGAACAUGGCCGUCAAUAUGCACCUCAAACUCUAUGUUCACAACUUCCUAGUUAUGGACAUUGAGCAUGUACCCACUGAGAGUAGCUAUACGUAUGCUACAAAUGCUGGGAAUAUGGGCUUCAACGUGACAGGAUCGGUCACCAAGAAGAUUAAAUUUGGUACUGUCGGUGGUUCCCUCCAUUUGACCUUGGAUACUACUAGGGGCAAUGACAGCAUAUGGUACCUUAAGGGUACAGCGAAGGCCUUCUGCAAGACUACAUUCUUCAACGUAAACUUCCCGGUGACCUUCCUCGGGGAGAAAAUCACCUUGCCAUAG